AGAAGACGCGCAUCAUUGUCGCUUCGCGAACAGGAGCCACGGCUUCAUCCCCCGACUUCGAUUCUUCUACUGUGCAGCCGGCGGAGCAGGAGCGUCGCUUUCCGUGCAUUUUUGACAAUUGCGUGCGCUUCAGCGAUUUCCUUGACCCGGGCCUGAGGGAUCCGAGAACAAGGCGCGCGAUUCUGGAGGAGUAUCUGCAGCGCGGUCAGGUGGUAGUCUCCAAAGGUGAGGAUGAAGGAGGUGUUGCACAACCACCUUUGAAGACGCUUAUUCUCCGGGACUUGCAGGCGACCGAAAGCACGGACGACAAGUUUCUCUGGGUGCAGUUUUGCGAUUUGUUUUCCCAGGUGCAAGACAGUUUCUUCGGCAACGAAAAGACCCGUCAGAUGACAGCGGACGUGGCUGGCCACGCCGCCGACGAGCGACAACAUCCCGACCGGGCUAGG